AUGGAUGAAGAGCCAUUGUCAUGGGGCCAUAUUACCUGCGAUGGUACUGUGGCAAAUUUGGAAUCCAUCUGGGUUGCACAAUACCUGAAGUUUUACCCUUUGGCUCUUCAUCAGGCUAUCAAUGAGGAAAAUCUUCAGAUCAUCAAGGGCAAAUUCGAGGUGGAAACCUGUAAAGAUGGAAAAAAGAGGUCCGCAACUCUGGAAACCUGGGAUUUGCUCAACCUAAAGCCCAAGACUGUCCUUGAUCUGCCAAAUCUGCUGUACGAACAGUACGACAUUUCGAGUGACUUCCUGAAGGAUGCCUUUGACCCGUACAAUAUUCAGUCAUCUGGUCUGGUUCCCGAGAAGACCGACGAAUUUUACAAGAGCCUUAAGCCGACGAAGUUCAUUCUGUCAAAGACUCGUCAUUACUCCUGGCCGAAGGGACUUGCAACUUCCGGACUGGGCUCUGCAAAUCUUCUGGAAGUCGAUGUCGACGACGACGUCCACAUUGAUAUUAAGGAGCUAGACGACAAACUGAAGAAAUGCAAAGAGAGCCAGACUCCUGUGUAUGCGGUUGUGGCCAUCAUUGGCUCUACCGAAAAAGGAGCUGUCGACCGACUAUCGGAGAUCCUCAAGGUCAGAGAGAAAUGGCAGAAAGAGGGUCUUUCCUUCCUCGUCCAUGCUGACGCUGCCUGGGGAGGCUGCUUUGCCACCAUGCUACACCAGGAUCUUGAGAGGGGAAGGCCUACGCUGGGCGAUUCCGACAAAGAUUCUGUGCCGGCCUUAACCCUGCGAAGGGAAACGGAAGACGAUCUUCUGGAGCUCCAGAAUGCGGAUUCUAUCACCGUUGACCCGCACAAGGCCGGUUAUGUUCCGUACCCAGCAGGAAGUCUGGUGUACAAAGACGGCCGGAUGAGGUACUUGGUGACAUGGUCCAGUCCCUAUCUGUCUCAGGGAUCUUCAGAGGAUAUCGGUGUCUAUGAUGUAGAGGGAAGAUGA